AAUGGGAUGAUUCCAGAUUUCUCUAUGUUUUAUAACCUUUGGCCCCGUCUGGCAGCAACACAGAAGCGUCGCUCACAUCAACAUCACAUGUUCACAUCCAUCUUCGAACCCCUUCUUCCUCUCUUCAGCGCCGCACCCGCGCCCGCGCCGUCGAAGGCGGCGCCUAGUCUCGAGGCUUGCACGCUGCCGCGGAGGAUCGCCUCGCUACUGCGCGCCAUCGCCUCCGAUCUCCUCUAUCUCCAAUCUGCUCCCUCAUCGCCGUGCAGUGGAAACUAGGGGACCGAUUCCUCUUCUCGUUUGUCGCAUAUUUCUCGCUGCGUGCCGCGUGCUGCGGUGAGUGAUUCUCCAAGAAUUCUGGGGACGCUGAUCUGAGUCCGCACAGAACGCAGCGGCAGCAAUGAUGAUGUCGGACGAUGACGAUGCUGAGCCCCAGCUCAACGCGGUGGAGGGCUACUACUUCGUUGACUCCAAGAACGAGAAGGAGCCUGUCUGCUUCUCCACCCUGCCUUUCUGGUUCGGGGACACUGAUGAUCUUCCUGACGGCAAGAAGAAGCUGGUGCUGCGCGGGACUGGUGACCCGGGCGUCAAGGUGUACGAUGAGGUGGUGGCCUGCAGGCUGGGUCUCGAGGGGAAACAACCCGAGUUUGCAGUGCUCACAGCAAAAGGCAGACGUUGGAUACGUCUCAUUAGGCCCUUGAACAGCUACGAGGAAAUGAUCAGGACUGUGUUGAUCACAGCGCAGAUGCUGCAUUUUCUAAGGAGGAAGCCUCAUGAGCCAGAAAAAACCUUGUGGAACCACCUUUGCAAAGUUUUUAACAAGUUUGACGUUCCACCCUCAGAGGACGAUUUCAGGAACCACUGCUCACUGAUGAAGCAGUUUGCGGCAAAAGAUCCUGUCUUAGCAAAAUCAGAGAUUUUGCGAGUAUUUAUUGAAGGAAAAUCUAGAAAAAAAUUCACUGAGGUUGGUGCAGACCAUAUUGAUGUCAAGCAGCCGUUCAUCACUGAUGAUGAGGGCAUAGAUGAAAUGAAUGUGGAAGAUGUCGAUAAUGAAUCUGAUGAAGAUGACGAUGAAUAUUUGUUUGAUUCAAUAUGUGCUAUUUGUGACGAUGGAGGAGACAUAUUAUGCUGUGAUGGCCCAUGUAUGCGCUCUUUCCAUGCAAAAGAAGGAAGUGGUGAAGACUCCUGUUGUGUUACCCUUGGAUACACUGAGGCAGAAGUUGAGGCAAUGAAAUUAUUUCUUUGCAAGAAUUGUGAGUAUAAGCAACACCAGUGUUUCAUCUGCGGAGUGUUGGAACCUUCAGAUGGAGAAGCAGCCAAGGUGUUUUUAUGUAACAAUGCUACAUGUGGGCACUUUUACCACCCGAAAUGUGUUGCCCAACAACUUCACCCCAUCAACAUUGAUGAAGCCUCAGAAUUGGAGAAGAAGAUAACAGAAGGGUUUUCAUUUACAUGCCCAAUUCACUGGUGCUUUCAUUGCAAAGGUUUGGAGGAUAGAACACAAGAACCUUUGCAAUUUGCUGUUUGCAGACGCUGUCCAAAGUCAUAUCACAGAAAGUGUUUACCAAGCGAAAUUUCCUUUGACGAAAAUGAAGAGGACGAUAUCAUCAUACGGGCUUGGGAAUUAUCAAAAAGAAUUUUGAUAUACUGCCUGGACCAUGAGAUUGAUAGUGAACUUGAGACACCUGUCAGAGAUCAUAUCAAGUUUCCAAAGAUUGAAAAACCACUUCAAUUUGUAAAGAAGGGAUCUAGCUUGUUGCCUAAGAAGAAAAAGAGGACUUACAGUGAGACAGUUCUUGAGCAAUCUCCCAAAGAUACUGUGAAAAGGAAAAGCAAGGUUCACAUGCUAGAAAGGGAACAAAACAAACAAGACACCAGAGAAGUUUCUGCAAAGAGUUUCACUCAAAACCUUGUUGACACACCUGUAAAGAAAAAAGCCAAGUUGAAAGAGAAAAUACAGUUGCCGUAUGUGGCCAAGGAUCAUUUUAUAAGCAGUCCAAAAUCUGUGAAAGAGCAAGAACAAGAGUUGGUACCUUUGCCCUUAUCUGCCAUCAGGAAGAGUUCAUUUCCUAAAGUGGACAGUGAAACUGAAAAGAGGGUGAUUACCAUAUUGGGAAAUAAAGUGUCUUCAUUGACAAUAAAAGAUGUAACGAGGAAUUGCAGUUUGCCAUCAACUCAUGUAUACUCUGGCAGAUUGACUGACAAGAUACCACUGGGAAAGAUUGAACGUUCUGUUCAGGCUGUAGAAGCAGCUUUAAAAAAGCUGGAAAAUGGAGGUAGUGUCAAUGAUGCUAAAGCAGUAUGUGAACCUGAAGUUUUAAGGCAGCUUGCAAGGUGGCAUAGUAAACUCAGAGUGUAUAUAUCACCUUUUAUUCAUGGCACAAGGUACAGUUCCUUUGGUAGACAUUUUACAAAGGUGGAGAAACUUGUUGAGAUUGUUGAUAGACUUCACUGGUAUGUGGAAACUGGUGACAUGAUAGUAGAUUUCUGCUGUGGGGCAAAUGAUUUUAGCCGUCUUAUGAAAGAAAAACUCGACAAAGUUCAGAAGAAGUGCCAUUUCAAGAAUUAUGAUCUUAUCCAACCACAGAAUCGCUUCUGCUUUGAAAAGAGGGAUUGGAUGACUGUGCAGCCAAACGAGCUGCCUCAUGGAUCCCAACUAAUUAUGGGUCUUAAUCCUCCUUUUGGAGUCAAAGCAAGUCUUGCGAACAAAUUUAUUGACAAAGCAUUGACAUUCAAGCCUAAGCUCAUUGUACUAAUUGUCCCUAAAGAAACUAAAAGGUUAGAUCAGAGGAGAACACCUUAUGAUUUGAUUUGGGAGGACAGUGAGUGUCUUUCUGGCAAGUCCUUCUAUUUGCCUGGUUCUGUGGAUCUUAAUGAUAAAAUAGUUGAAGGGUGGAAUGCAUCUGCGCCACCCCUCUAUUUGUGGAGUCAUCCUGGUUGGACAAAGAAGCACAUGCAAGUGGCUGAAGAGCAUGGUCAUACUUGUAUGGGGAAGAUAGCUUGCCAUGUUGAAGAGAGUAAUCUAUCAGAUGACCUGUCCGUGAGGAAACAAUCUGAUGCUACAAACAAACUGAACUCGAGAUCAGGGAAAGAGACUCCAUUCAAUGACAGAAUGUCCAAUCUACUUGAUGAUGGUUCUGCUAGGAAGCAAGCAAGAUCUGAAGAAGAGAAGAGAACUCUAGGGAAGAUAGAACACCAUGUGAAAAAGGCUAAUAUACCAGAUAACCUCCCAGUGAAGAAAGAACCUGAAGCUUCCAGCAAAGUCAUGUCGCAUUCUGGAAAAGAUAGAAAGAUUGGCAGAUACAACAGGAGGAGACAUGACAACAGGAGCAGCAAGGGGACACCUGAUCACACAGAGAGCCUCCCCCCUGAAAAGCAAGUGGAAGUUGCAUAUGAGGAAACAAGAGUUAUUCCUAGCAAAAAGAUUGCUCAUAAUGAAAAAAAGAGCGCGCAGUACAACUACGAGCAAACUGCAGCAGGGAUGCCAAACAUGAGGUCUAGAGGAGGGGAUUCUGACAUGAGUAUCUCACCCCCAGUCAGUUGCAAUGCUCGAAGCAAACCCAUGAGCUAUUCCCUGACGAGACCAAUUGAACACUUGGAUACGAAUGCUCACCUUUUGGCAGAAGAACCUAGUGACUCUGUGCUCAAUAGGGUUCCAAAUCAUGACAGUUAUUUGGCAAUCAAAGAGGAAUACUGUGAUGGAUUUAAGAGGAAAAAUGAUCCUAUCUUCAGUCACAUUGAUGAUAGCUCAAGGAUGAGGGGCUCCAGCAUCGAAGAAGUGACCAAGCCGUAUAUUACUGCUCCAAACAGUGAUCCGUGGUCUAAAGGAGAUGGCAGCUUUUACAGGCAUCCGAGCUCAGAAGAUUUAAACGCUAAUGCUGAUGUGCUUAUGCCAGGAUACAGUGCAAGAUAUGGACAAAUUGGUGGUGACAGUAACCCACAAGCUAGUAUGGUCCCACUAGCAACAGAUUCAAGACUGCAUGGUGGAACGGUUGCUGAUAAUUACCUCUCGGCAAGAUACUCCCUUGGAUCUUCAGGUGCUCGCGUUAGCCAACCAGCUCCAACUGUUCCCCCUUUUGGGCUCUCAGGUGCAAGUUCACAACGAGGCUCAGUAAUGGACAGGUAUUCGUAUGGGCUUUCGGGUCCGACUGGAACACAGCGCUCAGUUAUUGACAGGUAUGCGCCGUCCCUCGAUGGAACGAACACAACAAGAUCGAGGAGCUCCUUGCCUGAGCAGUACCCGUUCGGACAACCUGGCUCUUCCGGUGGCGGGUGGCCUCAUCACUGAUCGCUGGAACUUGGUCCUCAGAUUUGACCAGCAAAAGUGCAACCGAUUUCUUGAGUCCGGUGGAGCCUACAACCUAUCUACGGCCUAACUUUUUGGAUCCUACUAGUCGUUUCUUCCUGGCGCCUUCGACGAAGACAUCACCUGUGUCUACCAAUACAGAAGUGUAGACUUCAAUUCCUACAAAUACAGAAGUGUAGGCUUCAAUCCUAUUGUUUGCUCUGGAUUUCUGUUUAUGAGCGUAUUUACAAGAGUAUGUUUGGUCUAUGUUAGUAUAUUAGGAAUACAAUUCCAAAACCGUUGUACCGUGCCAAAGUUUAAUACUAUACGUUUGGGUCUGUCGAUGAGAAAAAAGGACGAGUGGGUGAGAA